AUGCUUGGGCGUUCGCGAGUUGAAAGAUGUGGGGCCUUUUGGAGCCUCUGCGGCUCCUUAGGGAAAGCUGCCGACGCCUGGCCGUUCGCUGACCUCAGCAGACCCAGGGCGGCUCCGCUAGGUUGUGCACGUUUGCAACUGCAUCAGCGCCGCUGGCUCCACCACGAUCCAUCUCCCUCUUCUUCAUCUCUCCAAAGGGAGACCAGGGAGGGAGCAGGAGUUCCCCCCUCUGGAAACAAAUCUGUAGCAGGCCCCCGACUUGAAUGGCCUGCAGACAUAGUGGAAAGGGCUCGCCGCGAGCUCUCAAAAGGCAGCAAUGAUCGUAUAUCUAUGCUGCGUGAUCGGCAUGCGGGAGAGGUGUGCCUCUCCGAACCCAGCAGCUUCAUCUCGAGCUCUGAAAUGCAGCAGCAGCUGCAGGCCAACGAUCUGCGAGCUUUCUGGCGCCGUCUGAGGCGCGCCAUUUCUCAGCCACUUUCGGGAGCAGCAGCUGUAGCAGACCCCUCUUUUGGGGCUCUUCAGGGGGCCCCCAGGGGUACAGCUUCAGCUCCAAUUGUAUACAAGCGUUAUAUGGACGGGAUGACAGCAGCGCACCACUACCCGUCCCGUCUACUGCCCUCCAACCAGGCGACAAAACUCCCUCCACUUUUUUUUGUUACUCCAUUUGCAUUGCAGGAGGAUGCAGAUCCAUCUGCACAAACGCAAGAACUGCGACUGAGGGAAAGGGUGCUUCGAGCCACCAGCCCAGGGAAAAUGCUGCCGAAGAUAUCGCUGGCGGAGCGUUUGUAUGGCCGCGUUUCUCUUCUGUUUCUGUUUGAUGUGGGAGGGCAGCAUUCACAGUUAUCCGAUGUUGCUUCGUGGGUGCGCCGUCUGGAGAGUUACAGUUCGUUCAUUUCCUCCGUGUACGGCCCCGCGUUUGCUUAUCCUGCUGCUAACGCUGCCUCUCCUGCUCCUGCUGCUGUUGCUGGUGGUUCGCUGCCGCUGGGUUUGCGGUUGCUGCACCAGCAGCUUCCUGGCUUUGGCUUGAGCGCAGACGGAAGGGGCCCUGAGUUGGCGAGCCUACAGUACAUUUGUAUUGAUCAUGCACCCUUCUGGUUACGGUCUUUAGCUCUUCGUAAUAUGGAGUCUUUGACGCCUGCCUUUCGUCCGCUUUCUCCCUUCCAUUCAUUUCCUCACCGCCUCCUUAGAGCAGCUCGCGUGCAGGAGGGGCCUCAAAGGGAUGUGGGGGGGCCCCCAUUGUUGGGGGAGAGUCCGCUGGGGGGCCCCCAGGGCCGUCGUGAAGGUGCGUUGCGGCUCCUGGCUGAGGAGUACGAACACCUUCGUUCCUUGAUUUGCAGCAGCAUCCCUGGGAGUUCUCUCAUUGGUUCUUUUUUGGGGUACAGCGGCCGGUGGGGGAAGGAAGAGGUGGGGGCUUUCAAGAGGAAAGAAAGGGAAAAGUUUGUCUCUGUCUUGCUGAUAGACAAAGCAGCUCGAGUCCGCUGGCACGCCACAGGCAGCCCCACGGAAGAGGCGGUGCUGCUGCUGCUGUGA